AAGUUAUAAAAGAACAUUCAUUCUGCCCUACCUUUGGUUUUUUAAAAUAGGAUGUGGAUGACGGUGACCGUUGGUAGGUUAUUCAGCAUCUUACUCGUUCGAGUUUUCCUUCCCACCCAUACAAUAACCAGAAUCAGAAGCAGUGGUGCUGGUUGUGUAUAUAUAAAAAUUGGAGUAGAGAGCCGAUAAAAUGGCUACUCCAUUGUUUAGAACCCUUCAAUCCAGUCCAUUUUCGCUUUGCCGAAUGGCAUUGAUUGGUAGAAAUGCCCGUGUUUCGUAUUGUACAAUGAAGAGCUCGCAAAGCCAGACAGCCACUCAAGAAAAGCGACAGCCUUCACCAAUCAAAGUUUCUCCACAGACCCAGAAUAAAACACUGGAUAAGAUCAUGACUGACUACGAAGCAAUAAUCGGCAUAGAAACCCAUGUCCAGCUCUCUACGGUCACCAAGGCCUUUUGUGGCUGCCCUUACAAUUACGGGUCUCAACCAAAUACCAGUAUUUGCCCCAUUUGCAUGGGAUUGCCCGGUGCCCUGCCAGUUUUGAACUCAAAAGUUAUUGAGCAUGCUGUGAAAUUGGGCCUUGCACUCAAUUGCAAACUCUCCUUGAACUCAAAGUUUGAUAGGAAGCAGUACUUUUACCCAGAUCUCCCAAAGGGUUAUCAAAUAUCUCAGUUUGAUAUCCCAAUUGCAGCUGGUGGUCACAUUGAUAUAGAUCUUCCAGUUGAGUUUGGUGGCGGCCACAGGAGAUUUGGCAUCACCAGGGUUCACAUGGAGGAAGAUGCAGGGAAGCUACUUCAUUCAGGAGACGAGGAUUACUCCCAGGUUGAUUUGAAUAGAGCAGGGGUUCCCUUGCUUGAAAUUGUUUCCGAACCUGAUAUGAGAAAUGGAUUGGAAGCUACAGAGUAUGCUGCAGAAUUACAGAGGUUGGUUCGGUAUUUGGGGGUGAGUAAUGGCAAUAUGCAAGAAGGCUCCCUUCGCUGUGAUGUAAAUGUUUCUGUACGACCAACUGGGCAAUUAGAGUUUGGUACAAAGGUUGAGAUAAAGAAUUUGAACUCAUUUUCCUCAAUUAACAGAGCCAUUGAUUUUGAGAUAUCAAGACAGACGCUUCUCCAUAGUCAGGGGCAAGGUGAUAAAAUUAUACAAGAAACUCGACUUUGGGAAGAGAGCACUCAGAAAACAAUUACAAUGCGGAAAAAGGAAGGACUUUCUGAUUAUCGAUACUUCCCGGAACCAGACCUCCCAGAAGUUAUUCUCACUAAAGAUUACAUCGAUAGCAUCAGUAACUCUUUGCCAGAACUGCCAGAAACUAAGCGUCGGAGGUAUGAGAAGAUGGGCCUAAGCAUGCAGGAUGUACUUUUCCUUGCAAAUGACAUAAAUGUUGCAGAAUACUUUGACACAACUGUUUCAAAGGGUGCUGAAGUGAAGCUGGCUGCCAAUUGGAUAAUGGGUGAUAUUGCUGCCUACAUGAAAAAUGAGAAGCUGUCUAUAAAUGAAAUCAAGCUUACUCCCUAUGAAUUAGCUGAACUGAUUGCUUCUAUAAAGGGUGGAACCAUUAGUGGAAAGAUUGGAAAAGAGAUACUGUUUGAGCUGUUAGCCAAAGGUGGAACUGUCAAGGGACUGAUUAAAGAAAAAGAUCUGGUUCAGAUAACAGAUCCUGCCGAGAUUGAAACAAUGGUAGAUAAGGUGAUUUCAGAUAAUCCAAAGCAGCUGGAACAGUAUCGUGGAGGAAAAACUAAGCUACAAGGUUUUUUUGCUGGCCAGGUAAUGAAAAUGUCAAAGGGCAAGGCAAAUCCGGGGCUUCUAAAUAAGAUACUUAUGGAGAAACUGAAUGCAAAAGGCUGAAAAUUCUUUUGGAUAUUUUCUGCACAUGGAUCCCACAUUUCUGCAACUUUUAGGUGCAUGGAUUUUGGCAAAUGAUGAGCUAAAUCUUGGUGAAAGGUUUCAAUUUUGGGGUGGUGUAAGGAUUUAUGUUCGAUGGGGAGUCGGAAAGCUAGAGUUUUUGCGGAGGUCAUCCACCAAAUGUCUUGUAUGGCUAUAGGUAGAAGCAUAUUUAUGUGGGUGACUAGCUUGCAGAAAUCUUGGUUGGCUGAACUCCAUAUAACCAAAAACAUAAACCAUGGAAGAGUGAUCUGGCUUCCAAGACUUGGUGAUCUUCUAUAACGUUCUGUACAUUUUCUUUUGGUAAUACUUCAUUUUUGUUAGUUCAAGUUGGCUUCGAAGACUCAACUCAAGGCACCAUAAGUUUCACGAAGAUGACUAUACCUGUGCACCCGGCUGGUCUUUAAAUUUUGCACUUCGUAACAGUACUUGCUAUUUUUAAGUUUGGUCUGCCUUCUUCCUUUUGAUGAUAAUAAUGUUACAGAAGUUUUUCACGAUUA